AAUCACUAUCUUAUUAGGAAGUUAGUUAAUUCCUGGUAGCUAUGAUUGUUCUUUAUAAAUUCUUUUAGAUACUAAUGUUGUUUGGUUGUCUUCUAGUUUGGUAUGUUAAUAGAGUUCCUAUUCGAAAAGUUUCCCAGCCUGGAAGUUGUCAAUGAUCAAGCCAUAGGAGACUUGGAGGCAUUCUAUAAGGCAUCGAAGCUAAGAUUUGACAGUGACCCUGCUUUCAAGGAAAGGGCUCAGCAGGCAGUUGUCAGCCUUCAGGCUGGGGAGGAGAAGUACCGGAAGGCAUGGGCUGAAAUUUGUAAAAUCAGUAGAUGUGGAUAUGAAAAGGUGUAUGAGCAUCUUGGAGUUCAGUUGGAGGAAAAGGGCGAGAGCUUUUAUAAUCCUUACAUUCCCGGUGCUCUAGAGUUACUGAAUAAAGAGGGAUUAAUUGAAGAAAGCGAAGGAGCUCGUGUCAUCUUCAUUGAAGGAAAAAACAUACCCCUUAUUGUUGUAAAAAGGGAUGGUGGGUACAAUUAUGCAUCAACAGAUCUUGCUGCUCUGUGGUGAGUUGCCACAUUUAGCAAAGAUAUGCUGAUCUGAAGAAUAACCGGACAACGAACUAUACAUUUAGUUUUGACCAGAUGCUCAAUGAUAAGGGGACUGCGAGAAUCUCAGUAAAGUACAUGGGCUAUGGUAGCUUGGGAUGGCUUGAGGUCAAAAGACAACCAGAGAAUCAUAGCAGGUUGAUUAACUAGUUUUUGAGGACUUGGUGCUAGAAACAUUGUAUGAUAGAUUUUUGUUUUAGCUAUAAGGUAGUUGGUAUUUUCAAUUUUGAAUCGGAAUAUGCAAUGAUGAUGUAUACUUGAUAUUUGGUUCAUUUGUAUAAUAAUGUAUGAAUUUUUUGGAUGAUAUAUAAUAUUGUUAUCGUUGAUUUUA